UAUAUUUGAAGUAGUUGUUCGGAUUCCUUAUGAUAUGCAACUGAAAGAAAAGGGGCAGUUUGAAUGUCGGGGUUGUUUUUAUUUUACCCAAAGGGUUUGAAUUAGCCCCCGAUCGUCCGAUCGUAUUCCUCCCGAUUAAAGAAAAGAUGGGCAAGCUGUCUUUUCAGAGCUAUCGUCCAAUUUAGUAAUAUUUUUGUGUUUCAAUUCCACCAAGGGUGAAAGGGAAAAGUGGAAGGUUAUGGGCUCAAACAAUGUUCAGAUGGAAUCUUGGAGUUGGAACCAAUGGAUUCAUACAACCGUCUUCUAUUGCAUCGCCUUGCUGAUAUUUUCGGAUUUGCCCAUGUAUCAGUUGGUGAAGGAGCUGAUAGGCACUUGGUUUUGGAGCGAUGCCCAGAGUCAUCAAUGCCGUCCAUUCUUGUGAGUGAUAUUCUGUGGGAGUACGAUGAACCUCAAAUUUCAACAAUACCACACCAACUGUUAAGGAGAAAGGAAAACUCUUCUGUGAGUUUGGAGAAAUCACCUCCUCAACGAUCUUUCGAAGAAAGAGAAGCAGCCUAUCUGGCUGUUCGUGAGCGAAUUUUCAUGAUGCACAUAGGAGAAGACAGUGAACCUGAGAAGCCGAAGCCACGCUGUGAUCCCGUGGUUGCACGCCGCAUGAUUGCACAUGCACUGGGGAAGAGAAUAAAUUCAUCUCCUGAAGCUACUACCAACCAUUGCAAAGAGCAAGGAAGUGUAGCUAACAACGCAUACGUCCAAGCAAAUGAAUUGAAGGAGCCUGAUUCUACUGUGGAAGUUGUUAACAAAACCAAAUUGCAGACAGAUCAAUGUGUGAACUCAAAGAACGAAGUGAGUAAGAAUCGUAAUCCAAGUCGGUCAUCGGCAAGGGGAAGUAAUGCUGCUGCUGCCAAAAUGAAAGCAGACAAGAGUUCUCCAAAGGCAAGUUGUGUUGACAACGAGUACUUGAAGAGGGAACAUUUAGGAGCAGCAAAGCGGAUGUUUUCUCAGGCUUUGGGCAAGCAAGGCCGGAAGAACGAGUCUCUUCAAACACGGUGAGGGGAAGCAGACCUUUUCUAGCUCUUAUUUUCUGGCCUGACCUUAUGUCCUAAGUUGUCAGGAUUACUGGUGCCCACAAAAAGGUGUUUGUGAUGGCAAGUUUGUCUACAUUGCAUUGCCAAAGAUAACGUAUGAAGAACAUGGUCGUUAUCGGCGACCUGACCGGGACGGAUAAAAAUGCUUACAGCUGCUACUGCUAGCCUAUGUUGCCAAUAGAUUUGGCGAAUAUAAGAAUCUAACAUUACGUUCUCUAGAUUAUGUAUUCCUUGUAUGUGCUCGGAAUUUGACCCCGGUCAAUUUCGUGGUUCGACUGGAGUCGUAAGGAAAAGGUUGUGCUACCAUAAAUUGGGAACAGAUCUGUUCACUGAUUGAGAUGUGCAUAUCCGAGUUUUAUGUUGGUCGAAGUAAAGAUUUCUAACUUAAAUUUGUGCUAGAGUUCUUGCUUUAUUAGAUGCUCUCUCUUUGCUGUUGAUGCUUAAUGUAGAGCAUCUUGUGUGGUAAUUCAAUAUAUACUUAGACUCCUUAAUAUCA